AUGCAGUCCGACGACAUCAUGUCUAUCGAGUAUGUGAAUGAAGUAAAAGAGACGAAAAAGAAGUGUCCCGCCUACGCCGCUUCAUCCUUUGCACUCCAGAGUCAAGAGGCAGAGCGCUAUGGCUACCGCCUGGGACAGUACAUCGGAGAAGGCUCAUCCUCGGUUGUUCGGACCGCCCAGAUGCUGCCUCAUAAACUGAAAGUCCCCAGAUUGGCCAAGUACGCCGAGAGGAAAGGACACAGUCAAGUGGCGAUCAAGAUUUUAGACAUCCAGCAUUCGAAGAAGGAGGUCCUAAAAACGUACAUGCCGAGAGACAUACAGAUCCACCAGCAACUGCCACCUCAUGAUAAUGUGGUCGAAUACCUACAGUCAUUCAAAACAGACAACUUCUACUACAUCGUAAGUGAACUAUGUGAGUGUGACCUUCUUACCAAAAUCAACUUUGGAAAAGACCACACGACUCAUUUGGGUUUGCCGGCUGAUGUAGUUAAGAGAUACUUUAGACAGGUCUGCCGCGGGGUGCUACACCUCCAUAGGCACAAGUUUGCACACCGGGACCUGAAGUUAGAGAAAUUUCUGCUCGACGAUUACGACAUGGUCAAACUUUCCGAUUCUGGCUCCGGCAUCAACGUCAAAAACAUCCCCGCGAUGAAGAUCGUUUGCGGCUCAUUCGCCUACGUCGCUCCAGAGGUGCUGACAAACAAGAACUAUGAUGCCAAACUUGCCGACACUUGGAGCCUGGGUAUCAUCCUUUACAUCAUGGUAAAUGGUAAAAUCCCCUUCAACGACGAUCGUAUUCCUGUCAUAGAGGAUAUGAUGCGCAAGCAGAAAUUCUCGUUUGCUUGGACAGUCUCCAAAGAAUGUCGCGAUCUUAUCCGCAACAUCCUGCAGUAUGACCCGGAGUCUCGCCUCUCCAUCAUCGAGAUCAUGCACCACCCUUGGCUCGCCAGGAAGCGAAUCUCUGCAAAGACUAUCAUCAGUGCUCAAGCGCUGGCUAAAGCUCAAAAGGGUACUGUGGAGGUUAAGUUCCCUUAUAUCUACACAGACACGCAUGACCCUGUGCCAGCGCUUGCGAAGAAGAGACCAGGAGUCGCUACAAUCAUGGUGCAGCACGCUGUCCAGGAGACAGUCACGCUCCGCAGCCGAGUUCAGGGCAGGAGCAACAACCUUGUCCUGGCGAUGUCAGCGAACAUUCGUGGUGGUAAGCCGCCCAAGCUCAACUCAUCUCGCCUCGCCAAUAUAGUGCAGAAGAAACCGGAAUUCGCUCCAACGCCCUCACCAGAAGAUCCAGCGGAGUUUGUGCUAGAAGUUCCGCGUGCCAGGGGAGGUGGUGCCGGACCGACACGUGGUGUGCCAGCGACAGAGAUCGAGGUGAAGGAUCCAGCGGAAAUGAUUAACUCUGACAAACCAGUUUGUUCCAACGACGUCAGGAAAUAUCCCCUUUCAAUCGUGCAGCGAGUCAACUCUCCGCUGAAAAACCCGGAGUUCAAAAGCCUUGGUGGAUGCAAAACUCGCGCGUAUUCGCCAUCGGGUGUCAAUCCGAACCCUCGUCCACCGCAGCGAGCCACGCCUGAAGACCUGGGACCGAGGAGUCCCAGUCCCCGUCGACCAGAUGGCAGGUUAACCGGCAGGGCCCCCUUGACUCCGACACAAUUUCAAUAUGGCCAUAUUAACGAUAUCGCGACAGGCCAAGAUAGGUCAAUCGUAACAGAAAUCUGGGAGCAAGAUCUGUCGCCAAAGCCGCAAUCUCCACAGAUUAGAAUGAUCUCCCCGCAAUUCAAGUCCAAUUGUAACGUAAGAGAUCGAAGAUGCGCUUCCCCUGGGAGACAACUGAUGACAAAUGGACCUGUUCCCUCACACAAAAGGCCACAGAAGCUGAUGAUUGGGCUGACUAGUAAAUUUCGAGGAAAGCCUUUUCUAGUCAAGCCUUCCGACGAGACGACUCUAUCCCAUAGCGGGGUCUUUUGUGUAAGUCCAACGCGCGUUUCAAAUGAAUGCACCAACCAGGCGACUCAGUCACGCGUCGUAGCUUAUCAUCCAAGUGGACCAACCACACCGAAUGGAUACCCGUCGCCAGCGAAGGCAAAACCAACAAUGCGUUGGGCUUCCACCGUUAGGUCGACUCUACAGCCGCCGCCGGAUCGAUCCACAACCGCCAGGCCGACUAUACCAAAGACCCGAGGCUCUCCGAUGACAUCACAUCCACCCUACGAAAGGCCCAAGACUGUCCAUCUGUCGAUUUCACCAUCAGAGCUGGUCACCACGACGGAAAGAGGACCAGCCAAGCCCACACCACGGGAGAUCAUGCAAGGGUACCGCAUCAGGAAGGCUUCGGGGGCGAAAAAGUUAGUGACAUGA